GACAAGGAGCAGCCUGGAUGAUUUCUAAUAUUGCGAGCAUCUUUUAGAGAACUGCAGCUUUAAAUCUCCAAAUACUGUGUCUUUCAUCUAAUUUGUUAAGAAUAGGAACAUUUUAUUUAUUUUAUUUAAAUAUUUGCAGACAGCUUUUUAUGAGUCUAAACAAGAAAAUACAAAAAAAGCAUAGAGAUGGAGACCGACAAUGAAACAGAAUAUUAUUAUUACUAUGAAGAGGCGAUUGAUCUGGAAGCACCACACAUCCUCUCCAUUGUGCUUUACUCGAUUGCCUUCUUUCUGGGCACGUCAGGAAAUGGCCUGGUCAUCUGGAUUACCGGUUUCAAAAUGAAGACGUCUGUCAACACCAUUUGGUUUCUAAACCUGGCCAUGGCUGAUUUCAUCUUCACUUUAUUCCUGCCUCUCAGCAUUGCCUACACCGCCAUGGGCUUCGUCUGGCCCUUUGGCUGGUUUCUGUGCAAACUCAACUCCUUCAUAAUGGUCCUGACGAUGUACAGUAGUGUCCUCAUCCUGACGGCCAUCAGCAUUGACCGCUCCCUCUCAGUAGUGGCUGCUGUUUGGGCGCACAACCACCGCUCGCCCAAGAAGGCUUGGUUCACUUGUCUGAUACUAUGGGCAUUGGCUGGGGUAUUUAGCUCUCCGUAUUUGAAGUACCGGGAUGUGGUAAAAAUCAAUGAAACAAUACAAAGGUGUUCCUACAACUUUGGUAAUGGUUACUUAGACAUGCCUGGAGACACACAUAAGGCACUGACCAUUACUCGUUUCCUGUUUGGUUUCCUGCUUCCCAUAAUCGUCAUCAUCUCUUGCUACACUGCCAUCGGUUACAGAUACAGCACCAUCCAUCGCAAGAGAUCCUUCAAACCCUUCAGGGUGAUUGCUGCAGUCAUUGUGACCUUUUUCAUCUGUUGGAUUCCCUUCCACAUCUUCCAGAUACUGGAGUUAAUAGCGCUGGAUGAUCAGUCUUCCCCUUCUAAGGUGGUAAGCAUUGGGGUCCCGGUUUCCACCAGCAUUGCUUUCUUCAACAGCUGUCUCAACCCGGUCCUUUAUGUCUGCAUGUGCCAGGACUUUAAGGAGAAGCUAAAGAAGUCCUUCCUUAAGGUGUUUGAGAGCGCCUUUACAGAAGAGACAACACUCUACCACUUGAGCAGCCGUCGAUCCACUGUCCAAAUGGAGUCUUUAGUUGGAGGGCAGAAGAUUGAGGAAACCAGCCCUGAACCAAAGUGAUUGUGAACCAUUGUGUGUGUGUGUGUGUGUGUGUAUAUGUGCACAGCUAUGGGCAA